AUGUCAAAUUUGAACGAGGAGCUCGGGCAGGUGGACACGAUACUCUCGGAUAAAAUGGGAACUUUGACUUGUAACUCAAUGGAGUUUGUUAAGUGCUCGGUGGGUGGUAAAGCUUACGGGCAUGGCGUGACUGAGGUCGAAAAAGCUAUGGCGAAAAGAAAGGGGUCGUUUUUAAAUGGAAACGAUGAUGUGGAGAGUCCUGAACGGAGCUCGUUGGUAAAAGGAUUCAAUUUUGACGACGAGUGGAUUAUGAACGGGAAUUGGGUGGACGAGCCCCGUUCGGAUGUUGUUCGGACUGAGUCACCAGAUGAGGCUGCUUUUGUUAUUGCGGCCAGGGAGCUUGGGUUCGAAUUCUUUAAGAGGAGGCAAAAGAAUGUUUACAUGAAGGAAUUGAAUCCUGUCUCUGGGAAAAUGAUUGGAAGGUCGUUUGAGUUGUUAAAUGUUUUGGGAUUUAACAGUUCAAGAAAGAGAAUGUCGGUUAUAGUCACAAUCAAAUACGAAGACGAUACCCCUGUCGAUGCAAAAGGAGUCGGCCGAAAGAUCCUUGGCCAGGUCUACGAGACCUACAAAACCGAGCUUGCCGGCAAAAGAUUCGCGUAUGAUGGUGAGAAAAGCUUGUUCAGUGUUUAUUUUGACAGGUAG